GAAACCGAGUCAAACUCAUUCGAUUGGCAGGGGGAGAAAAACAUUUUUCAUAUCGUCUCAAAUUCAAUUCCAGUUUCGUUAUCAAUCUCAGAGAUAGCAGAAAGUAGUACUCAUGAUGAGGGGAUAAUGGAUGCAAUGACGUGCCUAAAGGAGGAUUCGUGGAAGCUAUCUACAUCGAGUCCAUUCUAUCCGUUUCGAUUUGAAGUGUCGACGCUCGGUAAUUUGCUGCUAAGAGGAACAAAGAUAGUGAUUCCGAAAAAUCUGCGACGGAAAGUGUUGGAGUUAGCACAUGAGGGUCACCCAGGCGAGACUGCAAUGAAGCGGCGACUCCGAUCGAAAGUAUGGACAGAGAAGCUGAAGAGUUCGUUAAAACCUGUCGUAGCUGCAUUUUGGUGUCUGCUCCGGUACGUCCGGCCCCAAUGAAGAGGCACUCGUUUCCAAAUGGCCCAUGGAAGUGUUUGGCAACCGAUCUGUUAGGCCCGCUACCAAACGGAGAAUACAUUUUGGUACUAAUCGAUUAUUACUCUCGAUAUAUGGAGUACAAAAUAACGAGGAGCAUCACAUCAAAAGUUAUAAUAAACGAGAUGGAGGAAAUUUUCGCAAAGCUAGGUUUUCCCCAAACAUUAACAGCGGACAACGGUCGCCAGUUUAUAAGCGCGGAAUUCAAACGGCGAGAUGGAGAAUAUGAAUAAAUCGCUGGUUAAACGUCUCAAAAUCGCAUAUGCGAGUAGAAGUAACAAUAAGAAGGAGUUGCAAAAGUUCGUUCUUAUGUAUAAUGUAACACCGCAUAGUACAACGGGUGCAGCUCCAACCCAGCUGAUGUACAAUCGGACGAUUCGAGAUAAAAUUCCCGGAAUUGAGGAUAUUUCGGAUCAGGAUGUGGACUCGGAGGAAAGAGAUAAGGACAUGUGCCAGAAAGAAAAAGGGAAGAAGCUAACACCAACGUUCGAUCCAACGGUUUACGAGGUGACCAGCAGAGACGGUGAUGUGGUCCAGGUAACCGGAAAUGGGAAGUCGUAUACCAGGAACGCCAGUCACCUCAAGAAAGUCGAAUCCUCUUCUGCAGUUCAGCCGGAGAAGGGCCAGUCCCCGAAAAGGACUGAUGAAUCAUUCCCGGCCAAACCAAUUGACGCGGAGCUCACCUCACAGAUGCCACAGGGAGGUCUAAAACUGCGUCUGAAAAAAAAAGGAGAGAUGUGGGAACCCGUGUCAGCUGAUCGGGAUUCGAGCCCAACACGGGAUACAUAAACUCACCACGACGCGUGUUGAAUCGCGUCGUAUGUUGAGUUCAAGAAGGAGUCGACGAUAAGCAACGAAAGCGAGCGGUAGCGAGCA